CACGACAUUUGACAGAUGAUAAAGUGGCCGCCGUCCCAAGGAUCCGUCCGUGUUAAAGCCACUCCUAUCAUAGCUAAAUCCAAAUUCCGCCUUUGCUAAUAAGAGUCUUACAAGCAAUGCAGAUUUUGUGUUUGAAAUACGUGACAGUGAUAUGGCUUAAUUGUUAAUAGACAAUCAGUUAUCAAUCAAAAUGAGUGGGCGAUCGAGCCGUGGUGUGUUUGGGAAACUCUUCUCAAAAAAGACUCCCAGAGAGAGAGAAGAGCGAGUGACUGACAUCGGUAUGCCUACAGACGUGAAACAACAUAUUCAUGUUAGUAAGAACUCAGAAACUGGUAUGUUGGAAGGAUUACCAACGUCUUGGUUGCGAUUGUUAAACACACAGAUUACACCAGCCGAACAAAAUGAGAACCCAGAUGCGGCCAUCCAGGCUGUCAAGUUCCAUAUGUACACAAUCAAAAAAGAGAAGGCACCUGAUGAGCCGUUCAAGCCAUUCCUCACUGACGAGGCAAUCACUGAAGAAAAUAAAGAAAUAGAGGAGUUGCUAGUUCAUAAGAAUCAGAAAAACCAGAGUCAGGAUUCAGACCUGUCAAUAGGUCAAAGUAGCGAGGAGGAGGUUGGCAUCAAUGACAUAUACUCGCAGAGACAAACCAUGCCCGCUGCACCCAUCAAAACCGGCAUGAAGAAAAAGGAUGCAAUGAUGGACUUGACAGCUGUGGUGGAAGACUUAAGUCUGAUUGGUAAUGACCCUGAGGAAAGUCCCAUACUGCGAAAGAAGGAGCUGAGAUAUGCUACACUGACUGAUGAAGAAAUAUAUGAGGAACUGCGGAAGAUAUGCAACAAGGACGAUCCUUAUGUGCGGUUUGAGAGGAUAAAGCAGCUUGGGGCUGGUGCAUCAGGUGUGGUGUUCGUCGCGAUAGACAGUAAGGACAACUCCAAAGUUGCCAUCAAGGACAUCGACCUCACCAAGCAAAGCAAGAAGGAACUAAUACUCAAUGAAAUAAACGUGUUGAAGGGAUUCAACCACAAGAAUCUGGUCAAUUUCCUGGACGCGUUCCUCAGUUACGAUCACCUGUGGGUCGCUAUGGAACUGCUCGACGGAGGCUCCCUCAACUACGUCGUCACUGAAGUCGUCAUGAAAGAAGGCCAGAUAGCUGCCGUUUGUCGUGAGACUCUUCAGGCCAUUGCCUUCCUGCACUCCAAAGGUACAAUACACAGGGAUAUUAAGUCUGACAAUGUCCUGCUCGGCAUGGACGGCACUGUCAAAGUUACAGACUUUGGAUUCUGCGCCAACAUUGUAGGCGAUGAGAAACGACAAACUAUGGUCGGCACGCCUUACUGGAUGGCACCUGAAGUCGUCACCAGAAAGCAAUAUGGUAAAAAGGUUGAUGUGUGGUCGUUAGGUAUUAUGGGGAUCGAAAUGAUUGAAGGCGAGCCACCUUACAUGAAAGAGUCUCCGUUGCGUGCUUUAUAUCUAAUCGCUGCAGUAGGGCGGCCGAAAAUCCCUAGGUGGGAAAAGUUAACACCCCACUUCCAGGACUUCCUAGAUAAAUGUUUACAAGUGGAUGUAGAUUUACGAGCCGCGGCGGACGAACUCCUAAGGCAUCCGUUCCUUGAUUGUGCCAUGGAACUGAGGACACUGACGCCCCUCAUCAAGGCCGCGCACAACGUCCACCGCAAGAACCACGACUGAGACUGGUAACUGUUUCAUUCCUUCUUCAUUUUUACGUGUAUUUCACUUUUAUAGCCUUUUACAAUUUGUAUGCUCUUUAUGAAUGUAAUGAAAUGACUGUAAUGAAGUGCCAAGUUUUGCAUAGUAUUUACAAGGUUACGACUAAUGGACAAUAUACGCCAGUAGGUACGCGGCAUUUCAACAAUGUUUAAUUAAAAAAGGGUUUAAGCGCACACUUGCGGAGGACGGAAGCAUUCUGUAUUAGCAUAGUUUAUUCCUAGAUAGAGCUACACAUUUUUCGUUGUACGCAUUUAGAAUAAAAUCGCAAGAUAUUAAUUUCGACAGCACUAAGCGCGUAUAGCUUUUGUCUUAUCUUUAGACUCGUAUAGAUACCGUAUCUCCAACUGAUAUAGAUAUUCACACAUCACACUAAAGUGUUCCCCUAAUGAAAUGUUCGAGGGUUACGUAUGAAAUCUUUAAUUUUUGUACAAGAAAAUGCCAUAAUUAUCCAAUAUAAAUUGAUUUUACAAGUUUUAGGCUAAUCGGCUUAGGAUUUAGUUACUUAAUAAGAAUGUAGUCUGUCCAAAUUAAGUAUUUUUCUAUUGUAAGGAAACAGUUUUUGGUAACAUUUUGAACGUAUUUGAAUUAGCUUUUGGAAAUCGUGCAGUUUUAUGAAGAGAUGCCAUUUUUGACUCUCUGGCCACUGUGGGACAUUACAGAGCCAUGAAAACUAAUAUGUAUUUUUAUAAACUACAAAUAUAUUUAAGGUUUUUAUAGUUAACAAUAGAGUGCAAUCAGGUUACGGUGGCCACACAAAUACGUUUUGUUUGUAAGGUACUUUUUGAUAAAAUAAGUGAUUGGUGCACAGUUAGGCUAUUACCAAAAAUGUACAUACGAAAUAACUUUUUAGCUAGUCGUAAUCAUUUGCAAUGUUAUUUUUGUAAUUUAUAUUUUACCGGUUCAACCAAAUGCAACAGUUUAGGACGCGGUGUCACAUUCCUGCAGCAUUCUCGUACUUCUUAUGAAAAUGUAUUCCGUGGAAAAGUAUUCUAUAUUCUACUUUAAUAUAAAACUAACGACAAAAAAUUAAGACUGUUUUACAGUACUGCAUUUUGAGAAUAGUAUUAGCCAUUCUUUAGAGAUAAAUACUGAUGAGAGCACAAUAGGACAGUACUCCAUACUGGCGUGUCACC